CUCUCUUUCUCUCUCUAACUUUCUUUCGCUCUAACUGUUUAGGGUUUUAUUAUUCUUUUCUUGCGUUGCAAUUUUAUUACCAAAACACAUAAACCCUAACCCUAAUAUAAUCGAAUAACGAUUUGGGGUUUUUCAUAUUUAGCUUCAUGGUCGAUCAAUUCAUCGUUUUGUUAUCUUGAAUGAAUAGUUUCUGAUAAAGCGAAGAUGACGGCCAAGGAUUCUCAUUUAGGUAGGAAUACUUGGAGGGAAAUACCAAGCUAUAAUCCACCACAAGUCUCAAGCAUUCGGCGAAAGAGAGGCUUCAAUGAAUUGAGCAAUCAGUAUGUAACAAAUCAUGCAGGGCUCUCUGCAAACUGGCGUUCUCAUCUUGACAUGACAAACUGCCGUAAAUUGAUCCAAAAAAAAAUUUAUGAGUUCAUCAAUCCUGUAACUCAGAAUGAGCAACUUACACCUAUUCUGGAAUUAUUGCUACUUUCUAAGGCUGCUUCAAAGGAGGAAUAUAUGAACCUGGCGACACUGAAUCAACGUGUGCUAGAUCAAGUGGAGUCUGCACUCUCUUACUCCACUGAUAGCGUACCAGAAGGGAGACUAUCUUACCCUUCUUCUGUUCAGCAGCUGCCUUGUUUGCCUGAUCAUGGUUCAUCAAUCCACACACUUGCUGAUAUGGAUGUGCUUCGUAACAACCCUGUUUCGGGUGGUAGAAGCAAUCUUGAGGCUAACUCCCAAUCAAUUAACAAAUAUUUUCCUCAGCAAUGUGCAAAUAAUUUGGAGAUGAAUCUGGCAAAUACUAGAGAUUGGUCGGGGACUAUCCAGAAUAACGAGACCAUGAAUUUUCCUACUACAAUGGGAAAAUCCCUUGAAACUGAAGAUUCAAAUUUAAUAUUCCCUCCUCAACCUGCCUCAGUGAAUAUUUCGGAAUUUUCCUAUCAUUUAACUGACUUGAGACCUUGCAUAGACCAGGAAGAGACAUGGCAGCAUCAACCACAGAUGGUAGAUUUUCAGAAUAAUUCCAUUGUAAAACAUGAUGUUAUUAACGUCCCUUUUGGUUAUACCAAAUCUAUACUACAACCUACCAAAAGAAAGAAAGUGAUAGAUUCAGAUUUUAAUUUAUCUUUGAUUGACAAAUCAAGUUUUGAUCAAUGGAAUUGGGAGACGGUUCAAUAUUAUUCUUCUCAAACAAUUUCGGAAUUGCAGAAACAGUCAGAAAAAGGUUUUCCCCUCUCUUCUAUCGCUUAUGAGAGCAAUGUGGGACAAUUUACAAAUCCAAUGCUCGAUUCUACAGGAAAUAGAGGGAUAAACAACAAUGUGAUUGUUGAUACAUUUGGACAAAUUUUCAAGACUGAAACAUUUUCCUCUAAAGACUUAGAAGCUGAUCAGAUCAUGGAGGAGCCAGGCCUUGAAAGCCAUGAUGUGAUGAACAGAAACAUCUUAAAGGAAUAUGAUACUUUGAAUUCCAAGAUGCAUACUCUCAACAUGGAUCCUAUUCCUACUGAAGGAGAUCAUAUACAAGGCAGAACGGUAUUCGGCCAUGGUAUUAGAAUGAAUUCCAGUAUGCAUACUCUCACCGAGGUUGCUAUUCCUACUGAUGUAGAAGAUAUACAAGGCACAACUGAAUUGGAGACAAAUGCUGAAAAGAAAGUCGAUGAGCCAACAGCUGAUCCAGAGAUGCAAACAAAGUCCUCAAAUACAACAGUUAGUGAGAACAAGAAAAAUGUGGUUGUUGAUACAUUUGGACAGACUUUCGAGAAUGAAAUGGUUCCCUCAAAAGGCUUAGAAGCUCGUCAAAUAUCAGAUGAUGAGCCAGACUCCAUAAGCUAUGGUGUGAUAGAGAGGAGAAACUCAAUGCAAAUUGACAUUAGAUCGAUCUCCACUAUUGAUAGACAGGACAUACAAGGAAGAACUGGAUCCAACCAGGAGGGGAUAAAUACUGAAAAGGAACUCGGUGAGCCAAAAGCUGAUCAAGGGAAGCAAACCAAGUCCUCAAAUACAACUGUUAAUGAGAUAAAUAACGAGGUGGUUUUUUCAUUUGGAAAGACUUUCAAGACAGCAAUAUUUCCCUCUAAAGGCUUAGAAGUUGGUCAUGUAUCGGAGGAUCCAGAUCUCAAAGGCUUAGAUGCUGGUCACGUAUCAGUGGAUCCAGAUCUCAAAAGCCAUGGUAUGACAGACAGAAGCAAGUCAAUGAAAAUCGACAAUAGAUCGAAUUCCAAUUUGCAUGCUCUCAUCAGCAAGGUUCCUUUCCCUGAUGACGUGAAGGACAUUCAAGACAGAGCUGAAUUCAACCAGGUGGCGGCAAACGCUAAAAACGAAGUCAGUGUGCCAAAAGCUGAUCAAGAGAAGCCAACAAAGUCAUCAAACACAAUUGUUAAUGCUGUUUCCUUGACUGACUUUUUCACAAGUGAUCAAAUAGCAGAACAUAUUAGUAGCCUAAGAAAGAAAUUUGUUCGGGUUGCAAAUGAGGAGGAAACAGGAAUUGAUGCUAACACAUGUCAGUUGUGUUUAAUGCAAAAGCUUUACUUUACACCAGUACCAAUUUUUUGUUUAAGUUGUGGCAUCCGCAUCAAGAGAAGUACACCAUAUUUCUGUAGCAAAGAAGAAGAAUUUGAUGCACAGCGUUGCUUUUGCUCAGUAUGCUAUAAGGCUUCUAAAGAUGGUUACAUCAAAUUUAAUGGGGCAUCUGUUUCUAAGGCAAAUCUAGAAAAAAGGAAUAAUGGUGACGUACUUGAAGAACCGUGGGUUGAAUGCAAUAAAUGCAAAAGAUGGCAGCAUCAAAUAUGUGCACUAUAUAACAACAAAAAAGAUUUGGACUGCACUGCUGAGUAUACAUGUCCUUUUUGCCACGUAAAAGAAAUUGAAAAUGGAAUGCAUGUUCCCUUACCAAAGACUGCUAUUUUUGGUGCUAAGGAAUUGCCGAGAACCAUGCUUAGUGACCACUUAGAGAAAAGACUUAUUGAGCGCCUCAUGCAAGAGAGAGCAGACUGGGAAAAAGUUCAAGGGAAUAAGAAUCUUGAUGAGGUUAUAGCAGCAAAAAGUCUUUAUGUUAGAGAAGUGUUUUCUGUUGACAAACAAUUGAAAGUCAAUAAGGAGUUUCUGGACAUCAUUCCCGAGGAGAAUUACCCUGCGGAGUUCUCUUACAGAUCAAGAGUUAUUCUUCUGUUUCAGAAGAUUGAAGGAGCAGAUGUAUGCAUUUUUGGAAUGUACACCAAGGAGUUUGGCUCCCAAUGCGGCGGUCCAAAUCAGCGUUGCAUUUAUAUUACAUAUCUUGAUUCUGUCAAAUAUUUUAGGCCUGAAAGAGCGACUAUGAGUGGAGAAGCACUUCGUACCUUCGUUUACCAUGAGAUAUUGAUUGGAUACCUUGAUUUUUGUAAGAAACGGGGUUUCUUAAAUUGCUACAUAUGGGCCUGUCCUCCUUCAAAAGGGGAUGAUUAUAUACUAAAUUGCAAACCUGGAGACCAAAAAACUCCGAAGAAUGAUAAGCUACGCCGCUGGUAUUAUUCAUUGCUUAAAAAGGCUACUGAAGAAAAUAUUGUUGUUGGUUUAACCAACAUAUAUGAUCAUUUCUUUGAUGCUACUGAAAAAUGGGACUUCAAGUUGACAGCUUCUCGUUUGCCAUACUUUGAUGGAGACUACUGGUGUUAUCAUGCUAUGGAGAUAGCCAAGAAAAUUGAAAAAGAGUGUGGAGGAGAGUAUGAAACGAUGUUGAAGAAGAUAGUGCCAAAUAGAUCUUUAAAGGCCUUGGGACGUGAUGUCAAUCCUUCCAAAGACGCUGCCAAAGACAUUCUGGUGAUGCAAAAACUGGGCCAAAAGAUAAUGCUUGCCAGGGACGAUUUCAUGAUAGUUCACUUGCAACAUUCAUGCAUCCACUGCCAUGAAGUGAUAGUGUCUGGGAAGCGAUGGUUUUGCACUGAAUGCAAGAAAUUUCAGGAGUGUGAAAGAUGCCAUAGUUCUGAUGUACACACUUCAAAAAAUGGCAAGGUGCAUACACUUUGUCAGGUCGUGGAAGAUUUCCCCUUCAACAAUAAUCAGAAUGAUACCAUCAUUGAGAAUGGAUUAUUUGAGAAUAGAAACAACUUUUUGAGCUUCUGCCAGAAGAAUCAGUUUCAGUUUGACACACUCCGCCGUGCCAAGUAUUCCUCGAUGAUGAUCAUCUACUAUCUAAACAAUCCUCCUACUUUGCUGAGUUCUGGAACAUGUAGCAUUUGUUAUGCAUACAAUGUAUUCCAAAAGUGCUGGAAAUGUGAGAUUUGUCCAGAAUGUACUGUUUGCUCUGCAUGCUAUAAGGAUAGAGGUGCUAACAGCCAUGAACACAAGUUGAUUCAAAAAGUUUCAACAGAACUAAGUCAUUCUGAGAAUCAGGAGUCAAAGCAGGAAACGGUGCUGAUGCCGAAACUUAUGGAGGUUUUGCAGCAUGCUUCUCAAUGUAGCGCAAUAAAUGCUAAACUGUGCUCUUAUUCACACUGUUUUCAAAUCAAGAAGCUGUUCUCUCAUGGCAGUAGGUGUACUAUUCGCGCUAAUGGCGGCUGCCACCAAUGUAAAAGGAUAUGGUCUAUACUAAUUGCUCACUCCAAAAAUUGCAAAGACUCAAAAUGUAACAUACCACGUUGCAGAGAUCUGAAGAAGAAUGUUAAACUGAAAGCGAUGCAAUCCAAAUCUCGGCAUGGAGCUGCAGUUUGUGGGAAGUGACAAAGCACAUACAUACUGAUCAAUGAAAUUUGUGCAUAUAUUUAGAGUACAGAGAACAGCCACACAAUCUUCAAUAGUUAGUUAAUAAUAAGCUUAUCGAAAUCACAGAGUUAAUAAGUGGUUAUAAGCAGUCAAUGUACAGCAAUAAGUUGUCAAUUUAUAGUAUAAGCUUUGAUGAAGCAUAUUAAAUUUUGUUGAAGCGUAGUAUAGUACACAGAUAAAGAGUUAAUUAUAUCAGUGUUGAGAUGAAAACCUUUCCUGGUGUAUAUUUAAUUAUGUAUAUGCAUAGAUUAGGAAUCAACUGCAAUAACCUUAAUUUUUCAAUCUCUAAAAACAAGAGAUUCAAUUUUGUAUUAUUGUGAAUAUAUAUUCAAUG